UUGUUCCUCCGUACUUCCUGGGAGAGGCUCGCGCUUCUCGAAAGAUACGCGUAAGGUUUUCAUGUCCCUACCAUUUUUCUUGCUCCCCUUCUUUUCUUCCCACAUCUCGUGCCACUCUUUCCCCUUCAUCCUUCCAUCUGCAAACCUGUGAAUGAAGCCACUAAUCGGUGCGACACACGUGGACGCAUCGGCAUACUGUGAAUAGCGAUACUAAUGGAUUCUUUCGAGUGUUUUUCUUCUGGUGCUGAAAUUGGUCAACACAAAAAUAAUCAUGCCUAUCAAUUUAUGGUAUGUAUGGACACUGGUACUAUCAGUAUAUUUAACGGCCGUGGGAAUUGGACUGCUAAGGAACAGCUUAGGCUUCUGGAUGCUAUUGAACAAUUUGGAUUUGGAAAUUGGGAAGACAUUAGUAAGCAUAUCGAAACACGUACACCAGAAGAGGCAAAAGAAGAAUACAUUGCUAGAUAUCUUAACGGUAAUAUUGGGAAGCACACUUGGCCACCAACGGAGAGCUAUGUACCAAAUCUCACAGAUCAGACAAAAUCUGAUCAUGGGCCUCUGUCACCAGAUCUCACAUCAAAAUUACCACCGUUAGAUAUCACUCCGGAUGAAGCCGCCCAAUUGGGCUACAUGCCGCAACGGGAUGACUUUGAAAGGGAUUACAACCACGAAGCUGAAUCUCUUGUUUCUUCGUUAUUUCUGAAUCCCGCCGAGGAUGAUGAUCUUGAUAUCGCGCUUAAACUAGCACAAGUUGACAUGUACACUAAUAAUUUGCGAGAGAGAGCCAGACGAAAACGCGUCGUGAGGGAUUAUCAGCUUGUGUCGACAUUCUUCGCGUCGUCCAGGAAAGACAAAGGGGUGAAGAAGAAACGAACAAAGGAAGAAAAGGAAUUUAGGGACAGAAUGCGUGUAUUCGCACAGUUCUACACGGCACAAGAGCACGAACAGUUCCUAACGAAUCUCGAGAGAGAAAGAGAAUUGCGCUUACGACUCUCUGAACUGUACCGAUAUCGCGAGAACGGCAUUACAAGGCACGAAGAGUGCGCUCAUUAUGAGCAAGUGAUUGCUCAAACUCAGAGACAGAACGACACGAUGGAUCAGUGGGCGGAGAAAAAAUCUGGCAGCAGUGGGCCGUCCACACCAAUACAUCGCCACACCUCAAAAAGAAGAGAAGAAGAAAAAAGCUACUCUUCCAUCGACCGAAAGUACACUGUAAAGCAAGAAUUGCCCAGCAACUCCGCGGCCAAUCAAACCAGUCACAAUCGGACGACGACUCCAGCCAAUCAGUCGGUGGACACGGAUAGCAAUCCAAACACUUCCAACCAACACUCCACCACCAGCUCUGCGCAAGAAAAAGGUUACAACGGCGGCACUGCUUCUUCCGGGAAAUCCUAUCCGACUUCGACAAACCCCUCGCAAGAACGAGACAUAGAAUCGGAAGCCGCGUCUCAUUUAUUAACGAAGCAGGAAAAGUCUCUCUGUAUACAACUUGAUCUAAAACCGACUCAAUAUUUGACACAAAAGACGUUAUUACUGCAGGAAUAUUUAAACGGUAACAGGAGAUCAAGCAUCAUGCCGCAGUCGGAACCAGAGAGCAGGAUUCUUCAUUACCUAGUAACCAGCGGUUGGAUUGCAGCCAACUGAUCGAGCGCAUGAAACUUCAUCUUUACCAUUUUCCCACUCUAAGUCAUCUCUUCUAAUCUUAUAAGACAAAUUCUAGACGUAACUAGAGUUGAAGUCUGAUGUAAUUAACUUGUAAGAUAAAUAGAUGAAGGGAGGAGAACGAGCAAGCGUGCUUAGCAUAUCAUUAUGCAUCGAUGAAUAUUCCUUUUUACGCAAUAUCUUAAGUGACUGUUAUGCAUCGCGUGAUUUAUCGUGUGACGAUCGUGCGAUAUUCGGUCUCUUCUCUGAGAUUUGUCCGCAAGUGAGUAUUGAUCGUGACGUGUUUACUUACACGUUUAUGAUAAAUCCGGUGAUGCGUUUUGAAACCGAUUCUAACGACAGCGAUCGACCAGUCAAAUGUUUGCCCAGUGUAUAGUUAAAAAAAAACCGGUUUUUCUCUCGAUUUUUCUGUCAAUUUUUUUUAUUUUUUUCACAGAAAAAUAAGAAACCCGGGGCUUUUUCAAAUCUUCCGCGGUUUUGUUUCGAUUUCUGCCGCGGAAAUUUGAAGAAUAAAACCGGUUUUAUUCCGGGAUUUUAAAACUAUUGUGUGUCUUUUUCUCCUCCGGCUUUAGGUUACAGCCUACAAGAUUAUAACAUAAGGCACUGUGGAUAGUUGUAGUUGUGGUUUGCUGGAAAUAUUGAUUGAUCGAUGUUGUUAGAGGGUUGGUUGUUAGGAUGUUAUAUUUUAUUUAUCAUUUCCGAAUGGUCGAAUGCCGCUUAAGAGAAUCUCUUAACACUGCCUACGUAGAGCCAUUGAAUAUGAUAUUGCUCAAUUAAUUCUUCCACUACGUUAUCUCCGUAUACAGAUUGCGUCCGUCGAGGACUGUCCUUUCUGUCUUUUAAAUGUUGUCUGUUACAAUAUACCUGACAAUAAGGAAACAUUGAAAGUUUUAAACACUCCCUGUUUCAGAAUUGUGCAGUUGAUACAGAAACCAAAACGCGUUCGCGAUUUUUUGGAUUUUUGUAGUUACAAUCGAGAGGUUAAAAGUACGGAAAACACGUCGAUUAUUUUAUCAUUCUAGGUAGAUGCGCAUUGCUAUUAAUUUAUUGAUUUAUUCUCCGAGAAUUGGCGCAGGUUAGACUGGCUCUCGACAAAAAAAAGCUUGCCGCAUAAAUCGAUGAAUCAACUGACAAUCCGUGUAAUCAAAGUAUGCUUACUUUUACUGCAUAUACGUACACGGGAAAAACAGUUCUAGUAGCAUGACUGAAUUCCUCUUGCCUGGGAGGACCCGAACUGGAAAUUCGGUUGUACGAACGGAAAGAUUCCUGUAACAGAAUUAGACGGAAAAAUAAUUUUUCGUCUUCGUCUUUCACGUGAUUCCCAUUCAGUUGGUGAAGAACGAAGAUCUGUUUCCCAUGUAAUGACGUUACGGUAUUUUAUCUUCUAGUUUGAAAAUUCGCGAGAUAAGAAUGGUUUUUUAUCGACAGUUAUUAUAUAUUAAUGGUGUAUAAAGAUGUGAUAUCUCGUAAAGAAAUCUCACACACACAUAUAAUUCUCCGGACUCUCGCGUACAAGAGUUUUACUAAACAUUUUCGUAUGAAAACUAAGCUUAUUCACCGUCAAACUGCUGACACUCGAGCAUUAUUAUUCAUCAGUCAUAACCAUCGUAACCUCCCGAAUUCUCGCGUGUAUAUUUAACAUAAUUCCUAGCUUGUUCCGGCGCAACAUCAUUUCUUUAAACCAUGACCGAAUGAUUUUUCUGGAUAUUCUUACGAAAUAACACAAGCCCUGAUCCCACUUUUAACGUAGAAAGCGAGAUAAAAUAUAUCGAAAGUUGUGAAUUUGCUGAAUUAAUUUGCUCGACUGAGAAAUGAGGUAAAUACCGCUGCCAGGCAUCGGUAGUGUAAGAGAUGUACGAUAUUAGGUGAUUUAUCCGUUGCCUAUGUAGAUUUUGUAUAUAUCUGAGGAGUAAACUGUACCUUCUUAGCGAUAAUGGUUAGGUCCAAAAGCACGAAGAAUCGCACCUUACGCGGCGUAUCGAGUGUUGUUAUCUUUGUCUGUAGAGACAGAUGGGUACGAAAGUCAUCACUUGGAAAUUUAAAGGAAAAAAAGAAAAAGAGAAUAUCCUUCAAUCGAAUGGAGGGAUACGGUUAAGUUUUACGAAAGUUAUCUCCCUGAGAAACUACAUGGGAAUGUGGUUUUGUUUUCUUUCUUUUCCUCUUCGUAAUAUAUGAAGAGGAGUUGGCAGCGAUUUUGUAAUUUCGCGAAACAUAAUCGUUAAAUUCGUUCUUAGGUUACGUUUACUUGUUAAGUAUAACACUAGGAGGUAAGAAGCGCGCGUAGCUACGUAAUGAUGUAUUUUUAAAUGAUUUUAUGUUAGUCUUUCCUCCGGAAUCUUCACACGCUUAUUGAAAUUGUACGUAACGUUAAGCGGAAGUACGACAGAGUCUAUCUAAUAGAUCCGACAUGUAAAUAGAAGAGCAGCCUAUUUGUACAUAGAGAGAGAGAGAGAGAGAGAGAGAGAGAGAGAGAGAGAGAGAGAGCAGCGUGAGCGAAGGUCGCGUGCGAACGGGUGACAAGAAAUUCUAUUCGGAAUCUUUCGUCGCGAAAGUACGGCGUUUGUAUAGUCGGGUGACACCGACGACGGCUCGCUCAUAUUUUGUAUAGAUAAUAAACAAAUACCUCUGUUUAUUCGACUGUAUAUGACGACGUAGUUGAUUGAUUGCAUACCGUUCACGGUUUCCUCCUGCGAGCGUCGAAGCGAGCGAGAUCGUUCGUUAUUACGUUAUCUCGUGUUCCGCGUGUGUAUAAAAUGUGUGGAUACCGCAUUUAAGCUGUAAGGCUGCGACAUCGAAGCACCGAAGUGUUUUUCGAUCGAGAACAACAUGAUACAGCGGGCAGUUGAGAGAAGAAAGAUCGCGACGCUUCGACCUUGAACUUUCGAACGCAUGUACCAUUAAACAGGGAAAUUGAUUUCUCCUGAAGAUUGCAAAUUCCGAGAUGAUUCUUCUAUCGACGCGUCGUGAAACUCAUCGGAAGGAGAACGUGUGUCGCGAUCUCUCUUCUCCUCGGAUCACUCGGAAAUUUAAAAGAAAAAAAGAGAAUAUCCUUACGCGCCCUAUUUUCCCAAUAGAACAAUGAAGCUUUACGAUCUACGGAUUACGAUGUACUUUACGAUAUGGAAGGACGAAAGAGAGCCAUCGAGAAUGUGUGAAAUAAACUGUGCGAUAUUUUCAUUUA